UUUGUUAUCAGCAGUUAACGGCAAGUUCACGGAGACGGUAUAAAUCAACAACGAGCAACUUUCAAUGCUGUUUUUCUAAAGUUGGAAUCGCAUCUAAAGUCUGGUUUCCUGCGGCGGCAAAUCCCUGAAUUUUCAAAAUUCAAUGGCCAAGAACCCCAAGGCGGCAGACAGCCGCCGCGGCCGUCCGCCUACCCGAAGGCCCCAACCGCGCCGCGCCAAGGCGGUGCCGGCGGCCUCCUCCGCUGACAUCGAGGACCUGGCUCCCGCAGUGCCCGGGGCCGCGGGGGCAGCCGCCGCCGCCCCGGCGGUGCUGCGCGCGCAGCUGCUCCGGUGGUACGACGCGCACCGGCGCGACCUUCCAUGGCGACGCGCCAGCGGCGGCGAAGAGGAGAGGGCGUACGCGGUGUGGGUGUCGGAGGUGAUGCUGCAGCAGACGCGGGUGCCCGUCGUCGUCGGCUACUACGAGCGGUGGAUGGCGCGGUGGCCCACCGUGCGGAGCCUCGCCGCCGCCACGCAGGAGGAGGUGAACGAGAUGUGGGCGGGGCUCGGCUACUACCGGAGGGCUCGAUUUCUGCUGGAGGGAGCAAAACAGAUUGUCGAAAAGGGGGAGUUUCCUCGCACGGCAUCAGCCCUUCGUGAGGUUCGUGGAAUUGGGGAUUACACAGCGGGAGCCAUUGCUUCCAUAGCCUUCAAUGAGGUUGUCCCUGUUGUGGAUGGAAAUGUGGUACGGGUGAUCAGCAGGCUUUAUGCCAUUUCCGACAACCCAAAAGAAUCCUCAACAAUGAAGAGAUUCUGGGAGAUUGCAGGUCAGCUGGUUGAUCCUUCAAGAUCAGGAGACUUCAACCAAGCAAUGAUGGAAUUAGGAGCAACGUUAUGUAGCAAGUCAAAGCCUGGUUGUUCUGGGUGCCCAGUCUCAAGUCACUGCCAAGCGCUUGCACUUUCCCUGGAAAAUCCAUCCGUCAAAGUUACAGACUUCCCACGAGUGGUUCCAAAGACCAAACCUCGGAGUGAUUUUGCUGCUGUUUGUGUCGUUCAGAUCGCACAAGGCUUGGAGGAAGAGGUGACAGACGCAAAGGGCACUGACAAUCUCUUUUUGCUGAUCAAGAGACCGGAGGAGGGCCUCCUUGCAGGGCUCUGGGAGUUCCCACUGGUCCUUGUGGAGGAAGGGAAGACCGAUUCACUGAACAGGAGGAAAGCAAUGGACAAGUAUUUGACCAAAUUGCUUAGCAUCGACGUGGGAUGGAAAUCUGAUGUGAUCCUUCGGGAGGAUGUUGGUGAGCAUGUCCAUAUUUUCUCCCAUAUUCGCCUGACAAUGUAUGUGGAGCUGAUGAUUAUUAAUCUCAAAGAUGGUGUGGAUCGACUAUGCAAAAAGGAAGAUGAUAGCACAAAGUUGAAAUUCACCAACGAGUCCUCAGUGGAGUCCAUGGGGUUAACAUCUGGUAUUCGCAAGGUGUACAACAUGGUCAAGGCUUUCAAGGAGAAAAGGCUCUCUGUAUCUGAGAAAGGUCUUGUACCCACGAGGAAAAGGAGUAGACGGUUGAAGUAGUAACCUAAGCGAUUAUGGAGUAGAGACGUCUAGUGCAGUAGAAAAUGCAGCUUGUAUUUGUUGAUGUCUAUUUUGGUGCAUGCAUCUGAAGUGCUGAACUCCAAAACUGCUAAUUGAUGUAAGCUCGCUGGAAAAUGGAAAGCUUGUAGUUCGUUGGGCAAAAUUUCUGCAUUACCUGCCUUAACUUAGCCAUUGCAUUUUAUGCACCCUGUUCCAGUUUACACACGAUUCU